AUGGCAUUGGCUCAAGCAUCCCAAAAUUCGGUUCUGGCUGCACCAGCCAAUGGUGAAGCUGCCCCAGACGGAACAGGUGUCAUUAAGCUCGACCCUUGGUUAGAGCCAUUCCGCGAUGCCCUGAAACACAGAUUUUCUAAAGCUCAAGAGUGGAUAAAGAGGAUCGAUCAGACUGAAGGUGGACUGGAGAAGUUCAGUCGAGGUUAUGAAAAGUUUGGCUUCACCUUCGACUCCAAUGGUGGGAUAUACUACCAGGAAUGGGCUCCGAACGCAGAGCAAGCAUUCCUUAUUGGCGAAUUCAACGACUGGAACAGAGAAUCACAUCCUCUGCAGAGAAAUGAAUAUGGCGUAUGGUCAAUCCACCUCCCAGCCAAAGAUGGCGUGCCUGCCAUUCCACACAACUCAAAACUAAAGGUUUCGUUCGUCAUCCCCGGUGGUGAGCGGAUAGAAAGAAUACCGGCUUGGAUUAAAAGAGUUACCCAAGACCUGUCCGUGUCCCCAGUCUACGAUGCGGUGUUAUGGAAUCCUCCCAAGAGCGAAAAAUAUACCUUUAAAAACCCCAGGCCCCCCUAUCCGAAAAGCGUACGCAUCUACGAGGCACACGUUGGCAUCUCUUCGCCCGAGUUGAAAGUUGCAACAUACAAGGAGUUUACCAAGAAUAUGCUCCCCAGAAUACACUACCUCGGCUACAACGUCAUUCAGCUGAUGGCUAUCAUGGAGCAUGCAUACUACGCAUCCUUUGGCUACCAGGUCAACUCAUUUUUCGCGGCAAGCUCGAGAUAUGGCAGCCCUGAAGACCUGAAAGAGCUAAUUGACACUGCUCACGGCAUGGGGAUUACAAUCCUCUUGGAUGUUGUGCACUCACACGCCAGCAAGAACACCCUGGAUGGCCUCAACAUGUUCGACGGCAGCGACCAUCUGUACUUCCACGAAGGCGCUAAAGGUCGGCACGAACUCUGGGACUCCAGGCUCUUCAACUACGGUCACCACGAAGUAAUGCGAUUCCUCCUGUCCAACCUCAGAUUCUGGAUGGAAGAGUAUCAGUUCGACGGCUUCCGGUUCGAUGGCGUCACGUCAAUGCUCUACACUCAUCAUGGCAUUGGGACGGGUUUCUCAGGGGGCUACCACGAGUAUUUCGGGCCUGCGGUCGACGAAGAAGGUGUCGUCUAUCUAAUGCUGGCGAACGAAAUGCUUCACACCAUCUAUCCCAGAUGCAUCACCAUAGCCGAAGACGUUUCUGGAAUGCCUGCCCUAUGCCUGCCGCUCUCCCUUGGUGGUGUUGGUUUCGACUAUCGCCUCGCCAUGGCUGUUCCAGACAUGUACAUCAAGAUGCUGAAAGAAAUGUCAGACGAUGAAUGGGACAUUGGCAACAUCGCAUUCACACUCACCAACCGACGCCAUGGGGAGAAGACCAUCGCAUACACCGAAUCCCACGAUCAGGCGCUUGUCGGUGACAAGUCGCUGAUGAUGUGGCUCGCUGACAAGGAGAUGUAUACACAUAUGUCGGUCCUCUCAGAGUUGACACCUGUCAUCGACCGCGCAAUGUCUCUGCACAAAAUGAUCCGCCUGCUCACCCACGGCUUGGGCGGCGAAGGGUGGCUUAACUUUGAAGGCAACGAGUUCGGUCACCCCGAAUGGCUCGACUUCCCCCGCGCGGGCAACGACAAUUCUUUCUGGUACGCCCGUCGCCAACUCCACCUCAGCGAAGACAGUCUCUUGAGAUACAAAUUCCUCAACGAAUUCGACCGAACCAUGCAAUGGAACGAGGAGAAGUACGGCUGGCUCCACUCGCCACAAGCAUACAUUUCUCUCAAGAACGAAUCUGACAAGGUCCUCGUCUUCGAGCGUGCCGGUCUGCUCUGGAUCUUCAACUUCCAUCCUUCAGCAUCCUUCACCGAUUAUCGUGUGGGUGUGGACGCACCGGGCGUGUAUAGAAUCAUCAUUGACACAGACUCGCCCGAGUAUGGCGGGCACGGACGCAACGCGAAAGACACGAGGUUCUUCACCACGGAUAUGCCCUGGAAUGGUCGGAGAAACUUCACACAGGUGUAUAUCCCGACGAGGACGGCGUUGGUUCUCGCCCUCGAAUCUACGUUGUGA